UUACGUUGUAUGGGAAAUUGUAGUUUAGAGAAAACUUUGGAUACAAACGUAGACAAGUCGUGUUUGGAAGUGCCUGCUAUUGGAAACCAAUCCAGGUAACCAUGGUGACCGUCAACACUUGAAGGGAUACGCUGGGGACAGCUAUAAGCACGUUUUGCGAAGUAAAAAAAGCGCACAUUUCCGACAUGGCGUUACCCUUUCUACCCGGAAAUUCUCCAAAUAUAAACCUGCUGAAGGAGAAAUUUCACAAAUCCCAACAUUUCGACUACUCGAGUGGGGUGCCUCUGCUGGCCGGAAUAGAGAAGCCAGGCAUCGGAGGUGAGUUGUUGCUGGGACAGCGGAUCAAACCAAAAUCUUCCGUCUAUCCCAAAGUAGCAACCGGUGGUUUGCCGUCAUGGGUUGCCUUUGACAAACAGGCCCUGUGUUUUGAGGCGUAUUUCCAGGAAACGGUGCCAGACAUUCCCAAUGAGACCAACAGAAUCCGCAAAUGUAAAAUCUACUUCUACCUGGAAGAUGAUACCAUACAAGUGGUUGAGCCACAGUACAAAAACAGCGGAAUUCCUCAAGGGACUCUGAUUCGCCGCCAACGCAUCCCAUUGCCACCACCCAAGCAGGAGCAGUUCUAUAACGUGUUCCACUUUAACCUCAACCAGCAGAUGGUACUGUUCGCCCAAACGUUCACGGUGACCAACUGUGACCAGUUCACAAGGAACUUUCUCACUAAAUGCGGGGUGAUACUCAAUGACCCUGUCGCUGUGCCCGAAGACCCUUACCGUAGCCUCCGGGAAAAGAUGGAGAAAAGCAUGAGUCCAUUGCGGCCGUAUGAGAGGCGAGACACUCUUAAACAGUUCUUGGAGUACGACUGUAAAGUCCUGCGCUUCUUCUGCUUCUGGGAUGACACCCAGGCCAUCUACGGGGAUCUCAGAGAGCUCGUGUUGCACUACUACCUGGCCGACGACACAUUAGAAAUCAGGGAAGUCAUCCCACCAAAUUCCGGUCGAGUCACAGCAUCCAAAUUCCUACGUCGAAGCAAGCUACCCAAGCAUGCUUCGAAGCACUUGAACCUACCCGGAGAGGUGACCGACCGCACUGUGCUUAAUGUGCUGGCCUCCACCAGACAAGGAGACCGCUUCAUACUGGACAGCCUCAAAGUAUUUUUCAUCAUCAUCCCGAUUAGAUUCAUCCUUAUAGCCAAAAUAAAUCACUUUUUUUUAAAUCAUAUUAACAUAUUCUCAGCCAAUGUUUCCACACUCCUGCAGACUGCAGCCAUCCAAGAGGAGUUUUAUAAGGAUUGUGAUUUGACAGUGGGCGGCGAGUUGAACGUGUGGGGCAGGAAAGUGAUCAUCGCUGACUGUGACGACUUCACCAAAGACUACUACCGCUACAAGUAUGGGAUAGAGGACUUUAACCCGGUGAAGUACAAAGCUCCCGUAGUCCCCAAGCCCCCCAAGCUUGUACCUCCUUAUAAUGGCUUUGGCUCAGAGGAGGACUCACUAAGCUCUUGCCAGCGCCUGCUUCCCAAACCCCCACAGAAAGAUCUCCAUAAAUUCAUGGAACAUGACAGAUAUGGCCUUCAGAGUAAUGUGCUCAAGUACUUUGCCAAGAUGGUGACCAACAGUCAAGUGGAUAGCGAGAGGGAGUUCAUCAUCUCCUUCUACCUGAGCGACGACUCUAUCAGCGUUUUUGAACGCUCUCAGAAGAACUCAGGUGUGCUCGGCGGCAUGUUUCUGGCACGCGGUCGCGUCAAGAAGCCGGGCCAAGAGUUGUUUAAGAGCGAGCCCUCCGAGUACUUCAUCGCCCAAGAUUUAUACGUAGGAGCGACCCUCUGCCUUAACAACAGGUUAUUUCAGCUGCUCGAUGCUGACGAGUACACCUUGAACUACCUGGAGCAACAUGCUGAGCAGUUUCCCAAAGCCAAUUUUGGCACCAUCUUGGCUAAACUGCGGUCAAUUCCGGAGGAGAAGCAGCGUGAUAUCAGGAACUUUCUGACGCUUAAUGAUCCAACCAACACUGGAUUUGUCACCUUUGAGUCGUUCAGAGGCCUGCUGAUGGCAACCGAGUGCGGGCUGAGUGAGCAUGAGGUUCUGGUGCUGGGUCGAUCUUUCUCUGAGCACCAGCAGCCUGAAGCGGAUGUCGGCUUGAUGCUGGCUGUGGCCCAGGACGUCCUCAAGAAGAAGGACUUUGACCAGAUCGCUGAUAUGACCCGAGUGUUUGAACACCACGACCUCACCAAAACAGGACGCACUUCCAUCAAAGAGGCGAUGACCAUCUGCAGAACCUUCCAGGUCCCCCUCUCUGACAACCUGUUGACAUGUCUACUCCAAAAGUUUGCAGACGGGGACCAGAUAAACUACAACACCUUCCUGGAUGGCAUCAACUGGUUAAAUCAUCCUGCUCCCCCGGUGAUGCCUGACGAACUCCUAAAAUUCGACGUGAAGCUGCGGCGCGAUGGCAGCAGAGUGAAAAGCAUUAAUUACUCCUCCCUGGUGCAGAAAGUGUUCCCCGGCGUCUCCAACACGGUCGAUCCAGAGAGCGCGGCAUCAGCGUAGAUGGUUGUGCGCAAUAACACGCGCAACAAAAUGUGAUGCAUGAUCGUGGGAAUUUUUUUUUACAUCACACGCACGCUUUUUAAAAGUGUGUUAUAUCAGGCUAGAGCUACCAACACUGAGCUGAAUUUACGAGAUAGAAAAUUGGCUACAGCGGAGGAUCACUGCUAUCAGCUCACAGCUGUGGAAACAACAGGUACUGAUGAGAUGCGACAGUUUUAUGUUAUUUUUGUAAUGUCUCUGAAUCAGUGGCUCUCAAACUCUGUGAACCAUAGCUUGUGCAUCUGCAAGGUCCUAUGUCAGGACAAUGAAAACCUCUGGUAUGAUUCUGACCUUUCAUCAUCUUACAUUCCUAAAGAAAGUUUUUUUUUUUUGGCGGCCCGACAUAAUAUUUCAAGAUAAUGUCCUGUUUCUUUGACCUCAACUUAUGAGUUGAAUUUGUUAUGACCAAGCUUGUAACUCAAUUUACUUAUAUAAAAAAAACACAUUUUAAAUUCCUGUGGCAUUUAGACAUUAUGUUAUGUUUAAUUAGCAUUAGGAAAGUGAGAGGAUUGGGGGCUUGUCCACUUGUUCUGUGGACCCAAGAAUUUUGAGGACCCCUUGCUCAUCAGAGUGGAAAAGCUCAUGUCAUGUGGAAAGCUGGACAUUAUGUUGUAGUUGGUUGGGGUUUGCAAUCUCAUUAGCGGUAGUAGUAGGUGGCAUAAUAUGGACGCCCAGCUCAUCCUUGAAAAUGUGUGCGAAAAGUCUGAAUCGGAAUAGACCUCAUCAUUAAUAAAGUUCAA